AUGUCUGACAGAAUCAAUCUGAACGGAUGCGUGGAGCGAUGGUGCAGUCGCGUGCUCCUCACCGAGUGCAAGGCGGUUGGCGCAAAAAUCGUCAUUACCAAUGGCGAGGAAUACGAGAGCAUGGACGGCGCAGAAGACAUUUUCUGUUGUGUCGUCUGCUUUCCAGUAUGGCUUAUACAGACGGGUAUUUAUAAGCUACACCGCAAGGUGGUGUAUGAUGACUACGCGAUCUCGUUUGACGCAGACGACAUGUUCCUGCACGGUACAGCUCAGGACGUCACCUGCCAGCGGCAAUACAUCUUCAAGGGACCCGAAACACAGAUCGACGUAUCUGUGUUCCGAACACGAUGUACCGAUCAGACGGACAAACAGAGGCUUCAGGAACUAGGCACAUUUAAGUUCAUGGCCGUUAAGCGAUUCGAUAAGUACGACGCCGAAGCGACAAUUACAGAGCACGAGACAACAACCUUUGGCGAGCUUGUCAACAAAAGGAAAGACAAAAUAAUUGCGAAUGACGCGAAAUUAAAAGCGAAGCAUUUACUUGGAAAUCAUCAUAACGAUAAAGAUUUAGGUAGAACGAAAUCUGAAGAAAACGUAUAUGCAUCUGAUUCCACCAAGGAUAUAUCGAGGGCCAACACAAUUAUAUUCACGAACGAAGGAUUUGACAAUGAUAGCGAAUCGGAUGUGGAAAGUGAUACCGCACCUGCCAUUCCGGAAUUACCCAGCGAUGAAAUCAAUGCAUCAACAAACACACAGAUACAUACAGAGCAGGUAUCGAAACCAAAGUUUGCUCUUGACACCAUGUUUACAGCCAAAUCCGUUAAAUCUAGAACGGACGGGACAUCUGAAGGAAGCAAACGAACUAUAGAAAACAAAAGUCUAACAGCUGUAUGUUCCUUUGAAUUGCAAGAUUCCGUGGUCAUGGUAGAUUCCGAAACAUAUCGAUAUGAUAGUUUACACGACAACAAAAUCGGAUUGACUACAACAUCCACUUUCGAAAAUGUCGGUACAAAAGAAUCUGUGUUGGACGAAAUUAAAAAGCUAGAUUCGUCUUUGCCAAACGUUGAACAUGCAAAACCAAGGUCAACAGAAAACGACGGUGUAUCCUCAGAGGAAACAUCUGAUGAUAAGAAUAAAAAGGUGAAAUCUCAAAAGAAGAAACAUAAAAGAAAGAUAAUAAAAGACAUUAAAGAACUUACUAAAACUACUUACGCGGCCGCACCUGGUAAGCCGUCUGAAAUGGAUAUAAGAUACCAGAAAGCAAGAGUAAGAUUGUCGAAGAAUAAAACAAAAACGUCGAGCAAUGUUAAAGCAGAAAUAAAUCAAACGCAUGAGAUUCUCCGUGGUUCAAUAGAAGAAGUAAGAGCUAAGAAUGAUGAACAACAACGCGAUGCAAGUGGUCAAGAAGAUACAAUAUCUGUAUGUGAUGAUACUGUAAGCGAUUUUAAAGUCGUCGAAUCGUCGUCAGAUGGGGAGGAAGUUGAGAUGAUUUAUCAGUCUGAAAGGCAAACUGACAGAGGAAAUGUCAAACCGGUACAAGAAUCUGCUAUUGACACUUUAAUCGACGAAGUGAAGAAGGUUAAUACGGAAUCGCUGAUUAGCAGGAAAGAUGAUAACUCUUUUGAUCAGCAAAACGAUUUCAAUAGUGAGGACGAGUUCAAAAUGUCCGAUUCUGAGAAUGAAGUUAAACCCGUGGAAUUCAAUUUGUAUGCAAGUAAGGAACCGCAUAUAGUGGAUGUUCGUGCAUCAAGCGUGGAACAUGACAUAGAUGUUACCGAUUUAGACGAAGCUGUUGUCACGCAAAGUAAUCCAUUCAACGAUGUGCCAAAGUUGCGUCUUAAUACUCGAGACAGCCUUGAUAAAAAGGUGAAACGUGGAUCCAAGAACACUUCAAUAAGGAAAUAUUUAGGAUUGAAUCCACCUUUGCGUAACAAAAGACAUUGAGGCAAUUUUCUGAUUUGCGCACAUGUAAUUUGUGAUGUAAUAUUUGCAGAAUAUUAAUAUGUCAUCAUAGUGCUUUGUAUAGUGUUACUUCGUGUUUACGUAUGUAUUGUUUGUCAUGUGUUUGUUUAGCAUCUUAACAUUCGUAUGUUUUUAUUUUGUUUUACUACCAAUA